CUCCGCUGCGCUCGCCCUCGCGCCCGGCGCCCGCAGUCCAUGGCCCCGUCUCGCCGGCAGCUCGGCCUCCGCGCCGCCUACUCCGGCCUCAGCUCCGUGGCCGGCUUCUCCAUCUUCCUCGUCUGGACGGUGGUCUACAGCCAGCCGGGGACAGCGGCUAUGGGGGGACUCGCAGGUGUGCUGGCGCUGUGGGUCCUGGUUACGCACGUGAUGUACAUGCAGGAUUACUGGAGGACCUGGCUCAAAGGGCUGCGUGGCUUCUUCUUUGUGGGCAUCCUCUUCUCGGCUCUCUCCAUCGCCACCUUCUGCACCUUCCUCGUGCUGGCCAUCACCGGACAUCAGAGCCUCACAGACCCCAACAGCUACUACCUGUCCUGCGUCUGGAGCUUCAUUGCCUUCAAGUGGGCCUUCCUACUCAGCCUCUACGCCCACCGCUACCGGGCUGACUUUGCCGACAUCAGCAUCCUCAGCGAUUUCUGACCCACGGGGUGUGGCCUCUGCACCCUGGGGUCCUCAGGACCUGGACUCAGCUUCUGAGACAUCAGGUGGGACUGUCCCAUCCCUGGCGUAACCCAGAACCAUGGCAGGAAAUACACAGCAGGAAGACUUUGGUCUCCCAGGAAGCUGUCCCGUCCACUUUGGGGGAGACUGGGCGUGGUGGAAAGGGGUCCUGCCCUGUUGUUCCUCAUAGGCCUGGCUGGAGGGAAGCUUUUCAGAUGGAUCUAUUUUCUUAGCACGAAGUGAGGAAUCUUUGUAAACAGGGCCUGUGCAACUGUCAAGAGAAAGAGGCCUUGACUUCUGCCUGGGGGCAGGGAGCAGAGUCCCUGCUGCCCCAGGAACUCUCUCUCCUUCAGGUCAGGGUGGAAACCUGGGAAGGUCAGGUCAAGUAAGGGGUCUCUAGUAGAGACUCAACCCCCAACCCCAGCAUCCCACCCUGUUGUUCCCCCAAGGGUUGGGGACUUGGGCUGAGAAUUCAAAGUCCCUGUUCCACCCAGACCUGGCCUCCCAUGAGUGUGCUAGCCAUUCAUCUCCUUCACCACCCAAGUCCUCCCUCACACACCUCAGAGCAAGACUCCCCAAACCAGGCCAGACUGAGGGUCUUGGGGAAGGUGCUCUGCCCUCAGAAGAGCUUGAGUAGGGGCAGCAUAUUGUGGGCUGGAAGGACCCCUCAGACCUGUCUGCACACCUCCAGCCUGGCAUUUCUACUGCCUUCUCACGCCUGCCCCUGGUCACACUCAGAACACCCCCCAUUGAGAUGCCCCCCAACUCCUGCCCCUCAUCACUGCCCCUCACCUAGAGCUUGUAUCUGCCCAUACACUGGCCCAAGGGCUCACCCGACAGGAAGGGGGGGGUCUACUGGUACGUGUCUUUUUGUUAGGUUGCCAUUUUGCACGGUCUACCCCUUCCCCACCUGUGUCCACCCCUCAGCUCUUUGCCUUAUCUGUGUCACCGUCACUUUAGCAGAAUACAGCAACUGUUUGUAUCAGA